UUAUAGAGAUAAGGGCAAGGAGUUGAGAUCAUUCCUUGAGAUGAUGAAUAACGUUGCAACUUUGCUCCUCUUCUCUAUUCUUGUUCAUCAAAUCCAUGGCUUUGUAAAUUAUCACCAUUCUUUUGAUGCAGAAGAAUGGAAACAAAUCCUUCCCUCAAUGGUAAGAGGGUUGGAUUGGACACAAUUCAUUGAUCCUCUGUACACAUUAAGAGGAAUGCCAUUCUCAAGCAAUGGAACCAAACAAUUUUCAAGGUUCCAGCGGCAAAAUGCAGAUCUGUCCUUAUCAAGCGCUUUACGCCCAAAGCAGUUGGUGCAAAUUGAGAAUCUUUUAAAUUCCGAUUUUUCGGGGGUGUUCCACCAAUUAUUGCCAGCCUUAAAGAAGCUUCAAAGCAAAGACGAUGAGUUGGAAUUCAUUCUGAAGUACUUCAUUGCCCCUAUGACUCCAGUUUUGGGGGUUGGCGAGCAAUGUUUCAACCAGAGUAUGGCUUUCGUUAGGAAUCUGGUCUCAACACCGCAAAUGUUUGCGUUCACAAUGCUGGAUUCAACGGGGAAAAUUCCGGAUGGAGUGCUGAGUGACACAAUAGAUUUUUGCGACAUCUUGAGCUUCUGGGUUGCUCCCAAAGCAUGCGAUUUCAUCCCGGGCUUGAACUAUGGAGAUGUGAUCAUUCCCAAGGGAAACACCAUCUCUUUGGGUACUUUCGAGGGCUGUCUCACGGCACACUCCAUUCGAAGUGAGGACGAUCUUAACCCUUGGGAUGACUUCGAAGGUCAGCAUUGUACUAUGAAAGUACAAGGUCUUGGCUCUGCUCUAAAACGUCCUCAAGAAAUUCCCCAAUCAAUGCUCAAUGGAAUGAAUCCAAUUACCAAAAUGCCUGGCGUUCCUGGGUGGAUUGGAGGAAUUAUCGAUCUUCUUCCAGGCGAUGUAGAUAUUCAGGGUAUUACAGACAUUUACCUACAAGAAAUGGUGCCCAUUUUUGGAGUGUGUGUUCCAAGUGGUUGCUCUGAAGAAGACGUCACCACCAAUUAUAGGCACCUCUAUGAGGAGUUGUCUGCCAUUGCUGUGAAUCUUUUUGGAUGCUUCACUCAAAAGGAGCAAGACCAAAUUUCCAAUAUGAGAACAUUGAACAAAGCUAUGAUCGGUUUGUUCUCGGUAUUGGCAUUUCUUGUGCUCUUGGGAACCCUGACAGAUGUCUUCCUCCAAUUCCAAUCUAUGUCUGAAUUUGGGGAGACAAUUGGGAAAUUGAAUAGCACUGAGAAGAAACUAUUCGUUCGAAUCCUCUUGUGCUUCUCGGUCAACAUCAAUGGCACAAAAAUCCUUAAUACGAAUGUACAGGGUCAAAACCAGUUGGGAUGCUUGAAUGGAAUGAGAGUACUUUCCAUGAUUUGGGUCAUUGUUGGCCAUGUGUACGUGUAUCUUGGAACUUGGCUCCUGAAGAAUCCUCAGUUCAAGGCGACUAUUUUUAGCGGAAAGAUGAAUUAUUCGUUCGCCUAUGAGUUGCUGAACAAUGCCAUCUAUUCAGUGGACACAUUUUUCUUGCUCGGAGGGCUUCUUGUGUCCUACUUGUCACUCAUUGAAUUGGAGAAGGGCCGUUUUAACAUCAUCUUGUUCUACAUUCACCGUUAUAUGAGACUGACCAUUCCUUAUAUGCUCGUGAUUGGAUUCAUCACGGGCAUUACGCCUUUGCUCGGAUCAGGGCCGGGUUGGCAGGUCUAUGAAUUUAUGGGUUCCAUUUGCGAAAGGAACGCGUGGAUCAAUGCUCUGUAUGUGCAAAACUUCGUAAACUAUGAUCAGCAAUGUUUGGGUCAAAGUUGGUAUUUGGCAUGUGAUAUGCAGAUGUUCAUCUUCUCGCCUCUUUUGAUCUAUCCAAUGUUCAAAUUAAGGUGGAAAAAGGCCAUUCAGUGGGCUUUAUUUGUGCUCGCUGUUUUCACCAUCAUUCCCAUCGCCAUAUCUUGGGUCAACGAGAUAUCUCCUAAUUACCAACUGCUGAAUCCUAAUACCUACAACAUCGAUUCGGUACAUUUGAUCUAUAUGAGACCAUAUACUCGAGCACAACCUUACAUCAUUGGCAUGAUCCUUGGCUACAUUUUAUGGAAAACAAAGGAUCAGGAAUUAUCAAUCUCUUGGUAUGCCAAUAUCUUGAUGUGGCUCAUCUCGUUUGCCAUGUUGUUUGCGGUUGUUUUUGGGAUGUACGACAUGCGAAUCCGAACCACUUUUGUCUAUGAAUCGUAUUCCCAGUUCGAGUCUCACUUCUACAAUGGAUUCAGCAAAAUUGGUUGGGGAUUGGGAUUGAGCUGGAUCAUAUUUGCUUGUGUCAAAGGCCAUGGAGGGUUCAUCAAUACCUUUUUGUCUUGGGGGUUCUUCACGCCUUUGGCCAGAUUGACAUACAUGGCUUAUUUGGUGCACAUUGACAUUGUGGCCAUGUUUGUAUAUUCCUUGACGUACACCCUUGAACUCAACGACCUUGUAAUCUCUUAUUAUUGGGUGGGCAUGGUAAUGAUAUCUUAUGGUGUAGGUUUCGUCGGAGCGCUUCUUGUGGAGGCGCCAUUCAUAUCUUUGGAAAAACUUUUGAUCGGACAUUUUCUUGGUACAAAAGGAAAACACGACAAUUGUAAAUCCGAGAGGGACAGAGGAUUAGCUGCAAAUGUCAAUCUUGAACAGGUGAUCCAAGAAAAGGAAGAGAAAAUUGAGGCAAUCAUUGAAGAGACUCGGAAAAGUUGGGGAAACAUUCACGUGGAGCACGAUGAUCCUGAAUGGGUCGAUGGCAAUUCGGAAGACAAGAAAAUCGCCUGAUAAAUAGGAUGGCAUUCAUUCGUAGAAAUACUAUGGUGCAUCAAAUCAAUGCCUCUAUGUUUUCCCUUUUUUUAAACAAUUUGCUUGAGGCAUUCAAAAUUAAAAAAAAACAUAAUUCGA